CGAUUGCUGCGCUGAUCACAAGCAGGGCUUGCUUUGUCUGCUUGACUCUUCUCCUCUUUAACUCUCCGGAAAACCCCAACGUCUCCUGUCUACUCUACCUCCGGCGUCAUCCUUUGCUUUUAUUUCAACGAUUGAGCUUCGCGCGGAGUCACUGGUAGCUUGAAGGCGGAGCUAGCCAGCCCACCUUAAAAACAACCGGACAAAAUGAACUCGGCUUCGCUGGGAGACAAGGCACUCGCCAACUCGGAUUUCCCCAGUGCAAUUCAAUACUUCACCCAGGCACUGAUCGAGCUGCCGCGUGCGCCCCCCUACUACAUCAAACGAUCUACCGCUUUCUCUCGACUGAAACCCGCCGACGGAGGCCCCAAUUACUCGGCCGCUUUACAUGAUGCCGAGAUUGCCGUAACACUCGCGCGGGAGCGUGGGAAGCGCGAGCUGAUUCUAGCCGCCCAGAUGAGACGAGGUGUCGCACUAUAUCAACUGGAACGAUACGGUGAUGCCGCGUUCGUGUUUGGGACUAUCCAGGAGAAGACCGCGGCGGGGAAUGAGGAUGAGGACAAAUCGGAGAAGGUGAAGAAUGCUAUGGCCGGCUCGGCUAAGAAUGGAUAUCAGGAGCUCCCGAUCUGGACGCUGAAGGUAAAAGGCAAGCUGAACAAGCUGGCCGAGGGGGACGAUAAUGCCGCCGUGACGGUCGCCGAAUACCCCACUGGCAUCCAAAGCCCCAGUGAGAAGGAGCUCAAGAAGCAACUGGAGGCUUUCAAGUCGGGGAAGGCCGGGGCAACUGGUGUCCAGGAGCCAGAGAAGCAUCAGAGCUCGACCGACACGGGGGCUUCCUCUUCCACUCAAGGCUCUGAGAGCAAGCCAGUAGCUCCGAGUGCCGCAGCUGCUCCUUCGGUUGACAAAGUUAGGCACGAGUGGUAUCAAUCUAACGAGUGCGUGGUCGUCACCCUGUACGUGAAGGGUGUGCCCAAAGAUAAAGCCAGCGUUCAAUUUACAAGUGACUCGGCUGCCAUCGGGUUCCCUCUUCCCUCUGGUGCUGAUUAUGACUUCACCCUUGACCCACUGUUUGCCCCUAUCGAUCCCUCUGCAUCUAAGGUCUCCGUCAUGUCCACCAAGAUCGAACUCUCGUUGCGCAAACAACUGGCGGGGCAGAAAUGGAAUGCUUUAGAGGCCGUGUCUACAGACUUUAAGCUAGCCGACCGUCAGGCCGCCGUGAGCUCUGCACCAUCAAGUAGCGCCGCACCGACCUAUCCUUCGUCAUCUCGCCAAGGGCCAAAAGACUGGGACAAGGUGGCAUCGACUUUAACCGAAAAGAAGACCAAGGCCGGGGACAAGGGCAAGAAAAAGGCGACAGGCGAUGGAACGGCCGAUCCUAAGAAUGACAAAGAGGGUAAUGAAUCGGAUGGUGCGGACUCGGACUACGAAGGUGGCGACCCAGUCGACUCCUUUUUCAAGAAGCUAUACGCUGGCGCCGAUCCGGACACCCGCCGCGCCAUGAUCAAGAGUUACGUUGAAAGCCAGGGAACUUCCCUGAGCACCAACUGGAAUGAAGUCGGCCAAGGGAAAGUCGAGGCUCGACCUCCCAGUGAUUGAAGCGUCUUGACGCAGACGCAGAUGCAAGAGCAUCAACGGAGUUUUACGGAGGUAAUCAUUGCUUUUCUAGCGGGUGUUGCAUGUAGUCGAUUCCCCUUUAUCGCUUCCAAUUGAGGGUUGGGGGUAUAAUAGGGGUCGUCUUAUUUCUGUUCCAUUCUGGCUUCUUUCUAUGCCGCAUGAAUGCGUGUGCUGAGCACGCCGAGGAAAAUCAGUUCAGAUACAAAGAGCACGCAUUUUCAGUUUUGAGUCCUGAUUUCGCCAAUUUUAGCCCCAGACUGGAUAAAUGGAUCUGAUCUAAAUAAAAACAUAACGAUUUC